AUGUCUGCGAAAAACUUCCUUCAUUGAGAAACUAAAAUACACUCAGCCUUCAUUAAAAAAUCAUAUCGCGGAACAAUUAUUGACAUAACGAUUUCAUUAGCUGACAAGAGACAAUGAAAAAAUGAUGAAUUAAAAGUGCCAGUGAUUCAAACAAUAAUAAUGUUUAUUUCCUUGGCGCAUUGUUACGAGAAAACUGAAUCAAAUGAUAGAAAUUGCAUUUAUAACAAUGAAAGCCUGUCGCCCAACUUUAUAUUAUGUUUGGUGUGUUGAAUAAAUAUGUGCAGACGCAAGGGAUGUUAAAAUGAGCCACGAAAAAGCAUUGUGUUGGUGAUGGUAAUAGCCUAAGCUAUUCGUAGUUUGGGGAAUAUUUGAAGCCGCGUCCCUCAAACUUCGGCAAUCGGAGUACUUCAACUUGUUUACCGUUUGGGGAGAUUGUUUAGCGCUAUAAAAACAACAUGGCUAAAGACAUAGACGAUGAGGAAAUUCCAUUUCUUUGUAUGGCAUCUUUAAAAGGAACCAGUGCUUUGUGGUUUCUAGUAGUCUCGAAUAUGUUUCUCGCCAUCUCUUCAACGUUAGGUAAUAUUGUGAUCUUAGCUGCUUUUUCGAAGGAGUCUUCGCUUCAUCCACCUUCCAAGAUCUUGUUACGUUCACUGGCCCUCACUGAUUUGUGCGUUGGGUUAUUCGUGGAGCCAUUUUUUGUCACAUUUUUAAUAUCCCUAGAGAUCGGAACCAAAAAUAUUUGCUCUCAAGUUAUUAUCAUUGGUGUUUUUAUUGAUAUAUGUUUUUGUGUAUUAUCUUUGCUCACGCUGACCGCAAUAAGCGUGGACAGACUUCUCGCCUUGUUACUGGGCAUAAGAUACAGACAAGUGGUUACUUUUAAACGAGUUCUAAUGAUAGUGAUCUGUUUCUGGACUCUGUGCGUCACCUUUUCCGUGACAUCGUUUUGGACGCAUCAUUUUCUUAAAUAUUACAGCUUAAUAAGUGUUUUGCUGUGCGUGGUAAUCUCAACUUGCUGUUACAUCAAGAUCUAUCGAAAGCUCUUUCAUCACCAAGCUCAAAUACAGGAACAUGUUCACCAAGGACAACAAAACGGACAUGCGCCAUUGAACAUAGCGCGAUACAGAAAAACAGUGUCUACUGCAUUGUGGGUACAGUUGACGUUAGUCACGUGCUACCUUCCCGCGGGUAUAGUUACUGCGUUAGUAGUAGUUGAAGAAAUGACAGCAGUCCUUUUUAUGGCCUGGACAUUUUCGUUAACACUUGUUUCCUUGAAUUCAACUCUGAACCCGAUCUUAUACUGUUGGAAGAUCAGGAAUGUGAGACGAGCCGUCGUAGAAACCGUUAGGCAAAUUUAUUGCUGUUUGUCAAGUUAGACCUUCAGUUUAGAUAUCCCUGAUCAGGAGCCAUAAUCGGGGACGGAGACCGUAAGUCUUGGGAUC